GUGUUUUUGUCAUUUUUUUUAUAAAUUACUAUUUUAUCACCAUCAUCUCAUUUUUUACCAUCACCAUGCUCACUUACGAGUCCAUUCAAGGCGUAAUUUUCUGUAAAAAUUAUAUUAAUCGUGGAUAUUGUUAUGGACUAGGCUGUAAAUUUCUUCAUGUGACUCGCCGAGAAGAAUCUCAUUACAAGCGAACAGGUUUACUGGAAGUUGAAUUGGCCGAACAAUGGAAACGAAUUCAGGAAGCAUUGAAUCAAAGAGAUCCAGACAUUUGCCAAGACCAGAAUAAAUCCAAAUGCUUUCGAGUCCAUUGCAAGUUUGGAAAGCACUUGAAAUUAAGGACCGAUUUGGAUGCUGGGAAUGUUAUUGAAUUUACAUUCAGACCCAGUCCAAUUAUGCUUGAUUACAUUGGAACUUGUUAUGGAACACCAACUCCAUAUUGGUAUUCUGAUGUCCUCUGUCAUUUGAGAACUCCUUUUACUCUUCUUGCUCAACAUAUUAUCAACACUUUGAGACCAUUUCGAAUUAAAGCAAAUCAAGUUUCUUUCCAUUACAACGACCGAGAAAUUCCCAAUGAUCCAUCAAUCACACCUCUUUCUUUGGACAUUGGAAACAAUUGUGAUGUUUAUGUAGAUAUAAGGAUUGAGGAUAAUUCGCUAGCGGAGUUUGAUUGUCCAAUUUGCCUCACCAAAAUUUCAGACUUUUGCUAUACUUUUCCCUGUGAUCAUUUGUUUGAUGUCAAUUGUGCAUUGACAUGGUUUUGUUCAGAUACCAGAAAAGGUUGGCCAAUUUGUAGAGGAGAUGUUGAUGAGCUACAUAUGAGAGUCGAUGGCAACAUAACUCGUGUUGACUAACGUUACCUAGUCAACCGUUCAGACGACCAACUCUCUGAUUGGGUCUUAACUAAUUUGAAUAGAUCUUCCAGAAGAUCACGACAACAUGUUGAUGUUGUAAAUUAUCUUCCUGCUGGUUACCAUUAUUAAUAAAGUGUUGGUUCUUUCUU